AAUUAUCAAAGCUUACGGUUUGUUAUCUGUAAAAUAUUUUUAUCACGGUUAAAUAUUGAACCCCGUCGUCUGGGUUAAUUUUUCCGACGUGAUAUAAAGACGACUUUCCAAAGAAUUAAGAAUUUAGAGUCGAGAUUCGUUUCACAUUUAGAAUUUAGUCAAUUGUCAAUUAGGUCAGAUUUUACUUUUAUUUUAGUUAAUUAAUUUGUGACAGUUGUUUUGUUAAGAGUUCACAUUGACAUGUAUGUAGCUUAAUGUAAGUGGCCCCAUUUAAUAUUAUUUAGAUCAAUAGGUAUAAUAAUAUGCCUUAUGCCUAUACUUAUUAUACAUUAAUCUUCAAAAUCAAUCAAUUUGUUUGAUUUGAUUUUGAAGUCGAAGUGAAGCACUGGAUGGGUCAGGUAAUUAUAAUUAAUAAUAUACAAUAAUGACAAUAUAUAUAAUUAGAUUGAACCUAAAUUACUAAUACCGUUGCUUACAUGACCUGGCGCCGUCCUAUCUGAAAGAGCUGCUGACGCCUUAUGUACCCAGUAGAGAGCUCCGCUUAUCCGAUAGUGGCAAACUCUCGACACCACAUGUUUGCCUUGAGACUUACGGAAAGCGCACUUUCGCAUUUGCUGGUCCAACAAUUUGGAAUGCCCUUCCUGUCGAUCUUAGAAACAACCAGACACUGGAAUCCUUUAAAACCGAUCUAAAGACACAUCUAUUUCGCAAAUACCUUCUGGGAUGAUUGUCUACCUUAUUUUCCAUGUGUUGCUGUGUUGCUCCGGGUUGAAAUGGCUAGAAAGACUUUGAUAUUGUAUGCUUGUAAUUAGUUUUUGUAGUGUUGCGUUUGUUUUAAAUGUGGUGAAUUAUAGAUAUGUUUUUUGUUAACUUUGUACCGCGCUUCGAGCCUUUGGGGAUGAAGCGUGUUUUUGAAAUGAACUUUAUUAUUAUUAUUAUUAUAUUAUAGACAUAAAUGCCUUGCCUUAAUAAAGGCACUUAAAAAUGUUAAUUUUAAGAAUUAAAUUGGCUAUUAAUUAUUGUAUCUUUUAACAAUUUAUUAAAUAAAGGGUUUUUUCUUCUAAAUUUUAUUUUUGUCUUGAAAGUGGGGGAGAGGUUCCAGAAACUAUUUUGUUUCUUAUUUUUGUAUUGAAAGUAAUGAAAGUGGGAGAGGGAUCUCCCAUCCCCCAAAAUUAUGUUGAAAUGUCCAACAUGAUGGAAAUGACUAUCUUCAUUUUUAACUAUUUCAACUAUCGUCUAUUCUCUAAUGACUGAUAUAAAUACUAAGCUAAAAAUCUAAAUCUUUUAAAAACAGAACUAUUGCCAGUAUUUGAUCCGGGGGACCUCCGUGACUUAUAUAUAUACCAUGGAAGACAUGGCCAGCCUUGCCACUAAAUGCAUUUUAGCUGUCCCAUAGUAUUUAUUAGUAAAGUAAUAUUAUUUAAGAUUUCCAAAACCAAUACUCUACCUACUUUAUCCUAGUACAACCUCAUUAAAAACUUGAAAUUUAUAUUAUGAAAUUUGAAAGCAAAGCAAAAUAUGUGAAAAUUUUGAAAUGCUGGUCAUUCAGCAUAAUAGGUGCUGUUAAUACCAUAACUAAUUAAUAUUUUAAGGCCUGUAAUGGGCACACCUGGAUGGGCCCCUACUUGCUAAAGCUUAAUUCUGGAUGAUCAGGAAGAGAAAUCAGUUAAAUUUAAUUUUCAUAGGAAUGGAUUUAGUUUGUUGGGAAUUUUUAAAAUAAAAUAUGUAUACAUCAGUAAGGUUAAUCAUAUACUGUGCAAGGUAAAAGUUAGAAAUUAGAGCCACCACCAACAACUCAAGCUAAGUUUAGGAACUAUUUUCCCCCUCAGAUAUUUGGACAGACCCAUCGAUGAGUUCCAUGGGCAAAUAGUCUCAGACAUUAAGAUUGAUAUUUAGCAUAUAAGUUGCAAUCUGAUGACAAUGGCUUGUUGUUGACAAAAAUGUGAAGAAAAAAUUAUUAUUUUUUUUUAUUGCACAUGCACUAACCGGAGGUGCAAAAUUAUUGCACAAGCUCAAAAAAAAAAAAAUGUACAAAAUUGAGUCCUAGGAAAUUCAAAUUAUACUAAGGUUUAACUUUGCUCUGCCGAAUAACUUCAUUUUAAUAACAUAAUUGAAAAUAAAAAUAGAGUAUUCACUUGAUUCUCCCUUACAGUUUAGAGUAUUCACUAGAUUCUCCCUUAAAAGCUAGAGUAGUUACUUGAUUCUCUCCUACAUUGUAGAGCAUUCACUUUCUUCUGCCUUACAAUGUAGAGCAGUCACUCGAUUCUCCCUUAUAAUGUGGAGUAUUCACUUGAUUCUCCCUUACAAUAUAGAGCAUUCACUUGAUUCUCCCUUACAAAUUAAACCAUAAAGAAAGUGUUCAAAAUAUAUCAUGUCUGCCAUGGGGUAUUAAAUUUAAUCAUUUGUCCAUUGAAAUCUUUUGUAGGUCAGGCCAAGACAGUAACACACAGUGAAACACAGUGACAGUGUACAUGGACUUUAUUGAAAACAGAAAAGGAGCUAAGGCUGAGAAGGCAAAUUCAUAAUAACUAGAAGAGUAAUACUUUAAUGUGUAUCAUCAAGAGCUAUGAAUAAAAAGAAUGAGCCCCGGUGUUUCAAUAAGUCUAGGCUUAGACCUGUUCUUAAACCUUUUCUCAUUUGUCGAUUGAAUUUGAUUUUAUUACUGAUGAGUAGCAGCUGUGUAAAGGUAACACAUUUAACAGAUAUUUUCUCUUUUUUAACUUUAUUUAUGUAACUUUUGAAAGUAUUUAGCAUUUUAGAUGGUAAUUUAUGUUAAAUCCUAUGCAAAAUGGUUUUAUUGAACUAAUAUAGACAUGCAAUGAAUUCAUUCUCUAUCCUUGUAGAUUUAUCAUAACUUUUCAAAUCAUCUAAAAUUCAUUUCAAAUUCACUGGGUAAUCUAGUAUUUAUUUAUGUUUCAUAUAAAUUAUCAACUCAUUAAUUGUCAUGAGAAAUAGUUGUGUUAUCAGAAUGUUUUAAAAGAAAACAUUUAUAAACAAUGAACCAAUUGAAAAUGAAAAUGUGUUCAUUUUUUGGUUAUCAUAUACCGGGUAUAUAUAUAUAUGUAUAUAUAUGAAUAGCUGAGGAAACUUUAUCAUGAAUUAUAAUUAUUGGAUAUAAACUGUCGUAAUCAAUGGUUAUUGGCAAUAGAUUGUGAAAUUUUAGACAGCUGCUUUUUAUGAUUUAAUUAUAAUUCUGAACUCUCAGGUAUGAAUGAUCAAUUAUUUUUUUACAGAAAGUUGAACAUUUUUCUUGUAGAUAACCAUUCUGAAAUAUUCAAACAACAAUUUUUUUUUUCAUUGUAAUUAUUCAACAGGUUUUUGGUGAACAAGAUUUAGCCAAUUCUAAAGAUAUCACCAACAAAGUAGAAGUACCAACCGCGUGUAGUGCUGAGCACUGCCACAAUCCUGAAGUUUCCAAGACUCUUGUUACAGAUGAGAGUCAAAGGGGCAGUGUUGUCAGAGGUGCUGGGGUUUGUCAGGAUGAUGGCAAUGGAGAAGCUAAAUGUCCAAUACUUUCAUUGGAGGAAGCUGCAGUGCUCAAAGAGGAGGUUGAAGUACUUUCAUUGGAGGAAGCCGAAGUACUCAAAGAAGAGGUUGAAGGCAUGACAAGUAACUUUAUCCGCCGCAGCAUGGAAGGCCUUGAAGAAAUGUUGGGUCAGGUUGAACAGUCCAGGGUCAAAGUCCUGGAGAAACUUGGGGGCGUCAUGGACCAGGUAGUGCAUUAUUUCAUUCAUGUAGAGGAUAUCAUCAAUGCUUGUAUUUUAAACUCAACAUGCCUAAAUUUCUAUGCUGAAAUAAACAUACAAUAACAUACAAAUAUUUCUAGUUAAGCAAACAAUGAACAUACCCACAUUUUAAUGCUGUAAUUGAGUUAGCAAACAAUGAAAUCAUCCAGGCUAAAAUGCCUCAUUGAUAAAAAUCACACCUUGAUGUCUCUGCCUGGACAACUUCUUGAAUCAAUAAAAUUAUUGCAUAAAGUUAUUUAUUAUUUGAAAAAUUCCAAGUGAAAGCUUUCCUUUGUACAAUUUAAAACUCAUAAAAAUUAAAAGCAUUUUCUUAAGUACUGAACUUAAUACAUUUGGACUGAUCCUAUUUCAUAUAGACUGAUCCUAUUUCUUUUGGACUGAUCCUAUUUCUUACAGACUGAUCCUAUUUGAUAUAGACUGAUCCUAUUUCUUAUGGGCUGAUCCUAUUUCUUAUGGGCUGAUACUAUUUCUUUUGGACUGAUCCUAUUUCUUAUGGUCUGAUCCUAUAUCUUAUGGACUGAUCCUAUUUCUUAUGGUCUAAUCGUAUUUCAUAUAGACUGAUCCUAUAUCUUAUGGGCUGAUGCUAUUUCUUAUGGUCUAAUCGUAUUUCAUAUAGACUGAUCCUAUAUCUUAUGGGCUGAUGCUAUUUCUUAUGGUCUAAUCGUAUUUCAUAUAAACUGAUCCUAUUUCUUAUGGACUGAUCCUAUUUCUUAUGGUCUAAUCGUAUUUCAUAUAGACUGAUCCUAUAUCUUAUGGACUGAUCCUAUAUCUUAUGGGCUGAUCCUAUUUCUUUUGGACUGAUCCUAUUUCUUAUGGUCUAAUCAUAUUUCAUAUAGACUGAUCCUAUAUCUUAUGGGCUGAUGCUAUUUCUUAUGGUCUAAUCGUAUUUCAUAUAGACUGAUCCUAUAUCUUUUGGACUGAUCCUAUUUCUUAUGGUCUGAUCAUAUUUCUUUUGGACUGAUCAUAUUUCUUUUGGACUGAUCCUAUGUCUUAGUUACUGAUUGUAUUUCUUUUUUCUUCAAAAGAAUGAAAUUAAAACAAUGAAUUACUGUUUCAUACUAUCUUCUAAAUCUAAAGAUGUACAUUUUAAAAUCUGAGUUAGAUAUUGUAUAUGCUUGAGUUAUUCCCAAUUAAAUAUGGCUGUCAUGUUAGCAACACAAUUGUUAUUUUGAUCUCUUUUGAUCAAUAAAAUGUCUGCCUUUGUGUCCUAGGUUGUUGAUCAAUAAAAUGUCUGCCUUUGUGUCCUAGGUUGUUGAUCAAUAAAAUGUCUGCCUUUGCAUCCUAGGUUGUUGAUCAAUAAAAUGUCUGCCUUUGUGUCCUAGGUUGUUCACUCCAAAGACCAAGUCAUGAAAGGUUUUGAUGAUGUGAUGGACAGAGUUUCUGAGUCAGUUUCAGAGUCCAAAGUUCGAGUCAUCCAAGGAUUUGAUUCCGUCAUGGACAAAAUGGCAGAAUCUCGGACCAAAAUGAUGGAAGAGCUUGAUCAGGUCAUUGAUAACUUGGCUCACUCUAAAGUCAUGGAAGAAAUUCGAGCUUUACCCAGAGGUACAUUUUUGCUCAACUUUUACUCUUAGUAUAAGAAAAAUAGGUCUACAGAGUUUACAUCAAAUGAAUUCAUGGCUGUAUCACCUUAACUCCUGUUACAGUUGUAUCAUACAAUCUCACCUUAACUCUUGUUAUAGUUGUAUCAUACAAUGUCACCCUAACUCUUGUUAUAGUUGUAUCAUACAAUGUCACCCUAACUCUUGUUGUAGUUGUAUCAUACAAUCUCACCCUAACUCCUGUUGUAGUUGUAUCAUACAAUCUCACCCUAACUCCUGUUGUAGUUGUAUCAUACAAUCGCACCCUAACUCUUGUUGUAGUUGUAUCACCCUAACUCUCAUUAUAGUUGUAUGACCCUAACUCUCAUUAGAGCUGUAUCCUACAAUCUCACCCUAACUCUCAUUAUAGCUGUAUCCUACAAUCUCUCCCUAACUCUCAUUAUAGCUGUAUCCUACAAUCUCACCCUAACUCUCAUUAUAGCUGUAUCCUACAAUCUCACCCUAACUCUCAUUAGAGCUGUAUCCUACAAUCUCACCCUAACUCUCAUUAGAGCUGUAUCCUACAAUCUCACCCUAACUCUCAUUAUAGCUGUAUCCUACAAUCUCACCCUAACUCUCAUUAGAGCUGUAUCCUACAAUCUCACCCUAACUCUCAUUAGAGCUGUAUCCUGCAAUCUCACCCUAACUCUCAUUAGAGCUGUAUCCUACAAUCUCACCCUAACUCUCAUUAUAGCUGUAUCCUACAAUAUCACCCUAACUCUCAUUAGAGCUGUAUCCUACAAUCUCACCCUAACUCUCAUUAGAGCUGUAUCCUACAAUCUCACCCUAACUCUUUACUCUUAAAACCAAGUACCAAAAUGAGAACCUUAAAUAUCAUGAAUUAAUAGUGUCAUUAUUUUCUAAUCAUAUUUGGAGUCUGGAGGUUGGGAAAACAUUCUUCAUGAUUUUUUUAUUGUCUGGAGUGGCUUUUUAAUCUCAAAUCAAUGAGUGGCUUUGUAAUCUCAAAUCAUUGAGUGGCUUUUUAAUCUCAAAUCAAUGAGUGGCUUUGUAAUCUCAAAUCAAUGAGUAGCUUUGUAAUCUCAAAUCAAUGAGUGGCUUUGUAAUCUCAAAUCAUUGAGUGGCUUUUUAAUCUCAAAUCAAUGAGUGGCUUUGUAAUCUCAAAUCAAUGAGUAGCUUUGUAAUCUCAAAUCAAUGAGUGGCUUUGUAAUCUCAAAUCAAUGAGUGGCUUUGUAAUCUCAAAUCAAUGAGUGGCUUUGUAAUCUCAAAUCAAUGAGUGGCUUUGUAAUCUCAAAUCAAUGAGUGGCUUUGUAAUCUCAAAUCAAUAAGUAGCUUUGUAAUCUCAAAUCAAUAAUUGCCGGUAAUAUACAAAAAUAUUUAUAGAAUAAAAUUCCUCUGUUCGCGAGCCUUACGUUGCCAGUUUGUACAACAGGGUCCACGGGUCCACCGCACUUAAAAAUGUAGAAAUCACUGCUCUAGAGGACAUAAAAAAAAUCAUUGCAUGAAAUAAAUGAUAAAAUUAAAGAAAGAUGAUAAUUUAGUCAUUGAAGUUUAAAAAUAGAUGACACUAAAAUUUCUUUUUGCUUUUAAAUAAUUACUUUACAAAGAGUCCUGGUUGCAUUUUUUCAGAAAUCAGAGAAUCCUUCGUUUUGAGUGUGAGAAAUCAAAGUUAUGUCAUGGCUGGAGUCAUGGUGGCAGCAACAACAGCUAUCCUGAUUGCAGGUGUUCUCUACUAUGCCUGGUGCCACCAUGACGCCUGGAACUACAACAUUGUCCCCAUUGAAGAGCUCCCGCAAGCAGCAGAAGAUGUCAUCACUCACAUAGGAACCAAGUUCGCAGACGGCAGUGUGGUCAGUAAUGGUAUAACAUCCUGUUUUGUCAGCAAUAGUGCCAGCGUCGUCAGAAGGAGGAAAGUCAAUGCAGCUAAAGUCAAUGCAGCUGAAGUCAAUGGUAAAGACUAUCUGAAAGAAAAAGGUAAACAUUCAGUCAAUGAAACUGCAUCAUUGCUACAGCAAACUACAUCAGGGCUACAGCAAACUACAUCAGGGCUACAGCAAACUACAUCAGGGCUACAACAAACAGAAUCAGGGCUACAACAAACAGAAUCAGGGCUACAACAAACAGAAUCAGGGCUACAACAAACAGAAUCAGGGCUACAACAAACAGAAUCAGGGCUACAACAAACAGAAUCAGGGCUACAACAAAAAGAAUCAGUGCUACAAAAAACAGAAUCAGUGCUACAACAAACAGAAUCAGUGCUACAACAAACAGAAUCAGGUCCAUUAGUUUCUGAGGAAGAUCUCUGCCAGAUGGAUGAGCCAAUACAGCAGAAUGUGAGAGCACCUGAGGGUCAACAAGAUGAAGCGGUCAGUUGCUCAAGUCUUUAGAACCUGAAUCUUCUGCUAGUAAUGUGCCAAGUCCUACAACAUCUAAGCAUUAAUACUUGUAUGGAAGACAUUGAAGUCUGUAUUGUUGUAUAAAGAUUCACCAUCAAGGCUGUCCAGAAAUAAGGUAUUAAACUUUUCAGUUCUAUAUUCUGACAUUGCAUUAUGAUGCUAGGACAGUAUCCUUUGGCAUCAUAUACCCAUAGAAAUGAUUGGUCAAUCAUACGGAAAAUGUUAAGUUUUUUAUCUUUUAUCUAUCUUUGUUUAUCCUCUAAUCAAAAUUCAAGAACAUUUGUGACCCGUUCUCAUGAAAGGAUAGAUAAGUCCCUGGAACCAAUCCAAGCCAAAAGGGUUUUUAGACGAUUGGGUCUACCUGGGUCAAAAUGAUAUUCUUGAAUUAGAUUAUCCAAUUUUAAAUCUUUAUUGUAGUGAUAUCUUUGUUUUAUUUAACAUAGAAAUGUUUUUUUAAAUAAUUAUUUUAAUUACCAUGCUAUUAAAUAAUUUUGUCCCUAAAAAUAAAGCUUUUCAAAGCGUAUCUUAAUUUAAUACCCUGCACGGUGCCCCUGCACGGUGCCCCAUCAUUGUAUACAUCAAUCCAAAGGGCGGGAAGUCCUUUUCUUCUUGAAGUAAACUAUUUUUGAAAAGAACAAGAAAACUUUAAACCCCUUUUUCUAUAAACUUUACUUUUUUACGGCUGAACACUUCAAAGUGUGACAGAACAUUGAUAAAGUGGAGUUUUGUUAUUCAUUUGGUUACUUACUUACCUAUGCCUAGGUAUGUGAAGGACUCCACUUCUUCCAGUGCCUUUCCUGCCAGGUACGGUGACCAAAUUAAAGCCUGUUCAAAGCUUUUGACAAAACUCCGAAUGUUGAAGAAAACGAAACAAAUUAUCAAUCUUUUUCCGAGGACAGGUCACGUUUGAGUCAUUCUAAUAAAUGUCCAGCAAGGGUUGGAUAUUUGGAGAUGUUUGGACCCUCCCAGCAAGGGUUGGAUAUUUGGAGAUGUUUGGACCCUCCCAGCAAGGGUUGGGUAUUUGGAGAUGUUUGGACCCUCCCAGCAAGGGUUAGAUAUUUGGAGAUGUUUGGACCCUCCCAGCAAGGGUUGGAUAUUUGGAGAUGUUUGGUUGUUACAGAAGUGACUCAUCGUGUCAGGGAUUCUCAAGUCCUGAAAGUAAAACUUGUUGAAAAUGUCUAGAAUUGUGUAUUUGAUACCAUUUGAUGGGUUCAAAGGUUAGCUUGAGGACAAGGAACUGUUGGACACGAGAUUUGUCUACAGCUCCCAGCAAUAUUAUUGAUUUUUUUUAACUUUUAGACCUGCAGAAUAUUAUGUCUUAUAUUUAUUUUGAAAUGACUGAUAUCCAAAUUAUGUGCCUUAUAAUAUCUCAUGAUUAUUGGUGUCAGUGAUUAUUGGUGUCAGGGAUUAUUGGUGUAAGAUCAUACAGACAGUCCAUUUACACAUUAACAGUCAUACAUACAUCAUUGUACAGAGAGUCCAUUUGCACUGGCACAGUCAUACAUACAUCAUUGUAUCACACUUUGUACCAGUUCCACUAGACCAGAUCAACACAUUCUUAUCCUAAUACAUUCAACUGUACCAUUGCAGUAUCAGGCAUACUAUCCUAAUACAAUCAUUGUACCAUUGUAGUAUCAGCCAUACUAUCCUAAUUAUGUACCAAAAAGCAAUGGGGAUUUUUAUCAGAUUUCCUUUUAUCCAAAUCUAUGUUUUUUUUUAAAUUUCAUUAUUUAAAAGGAGAAUUGUUUGAAGCUCCAUAUGCUGGUUGUAUGUUGAAUACAUGACAAGCAAUCAAAGAGUUCUAUAUGCUGGUUGUAUGUUGAAUACAUGACAAGCAAUCAAAGAGUUCCAUAUGCUGGUUGUAUAUUGUAAGGAAACCUUGCUUACUCUCUGCUAUCUUCAUCUAGAUCUGGUACUCAAUAAGGAAACAACUCCGGCGAUAACAUUUAAACUCGUGUUCUUUAUUGGGCUGUCACUUUGCUUACACUUUCACUCAUCUCACAACUCUGACUUCUCCCUGCUAUCUAGUUCUCAGUCCGGCCGCCUUCUAAAAGAGCAAAACAAAGACUCAUGCUCAUGUGAUCUUCCUCACCCCCCUCAAGGUCCAGUUCAGAUUUGUCAUUUAUUUGCUGUUUUUUUCUCCAGGGUUAUUGGUUCUUGCAGCUUUGUUUCCACCAAAGACUUCUCUCUCUUCUCAUCUUGGCUUUCAUUUUGUAUGGCAGUUAUGGUACUAGGUUGACUUUUAAUAGCAUCUAGAGAUGUUUCUGUAUCGCCUCCUUCUAAAAGAGCAAAACAACGACUCAUGCUCAUGUGAUCUUCCUCACCCCCCUCAAGGUCCAGUUCAGAUUUGUCAUUUAUUUGCUGUUUUUUCUCCAGGGUUAUUGGUUCUUGCAGCUUUGUUUCCACCAAAGACUUCUCUCUCUUCUCAUCUUGGCUUUCAU